AUGGCUCGCACUGAUAUCCCAUACGGCCGCGAGUCGGUCAUUGCGGCCUCUAAAGGACGGGUCUCGACCGAUUCAAAGAGACGAUGGCGCACGAAGUCAGCAACCGAGGAUUCAGGGGAUCCUAAGAUUACCGGGCUGGCCCCGUCUCAUCUAGAUGUAGAGGAUAUGCACGAGCCAGCUGCUUUUCCUGAGUACUCCGACUCGCAAUCACCGACAUACAAAGGCCGCGACACAAUCUCUUCGAGUAGAGGAUCAAUAACCAUAGCCCCGAGCGACCCAUGGAAUUUACCUCUCAAUGAAUCCUCCGAUACGGUGGAUUAUCGUUCCAAGAUCAAGCAUAUUAAACCAAAGGUCCAAAUCAAACCGAUGCUUCGCAAAAUGUCCCGUGAGGAUGCGCCCUCCGCAUCCUUUGAUCUCUCCCGUUCGUCGACCGAGCAGGAUGGUCUGGGCAUCUACAUGAGUACGGAACGGGAUCGGCGCCGAAGUGAAUCGUUGACUGGAGCAACAUAUCGGCGCUCGUCAGGACUCCAUCAUCGAUCCACGAGUGGGACGUCUCAAUUCUCAACGGGCACAGGAUCUAGUGGAGGUAGAACUGGAUCGCAAUAUGUGUACCCUAUGCGCCCAACACCUAAGACCUUCACACCACCAUUGAGUCAAUCCUACCAAACAUCAGCAAAUGAAAGCGACGAUCCAGAAGAUGACAGCCCCGACUCUGAUUCCAGAGGCAUGUCUACUUCGGAAACUCCCCGGUAUGUUCGUGCUUCCUCAGGGCCGGUCCCACGCUUGUCACUGCAAAUCGAAGACGAUUCAUUCACCCGCCUUUCUGGGUUAUCACAAACAAACAUCUCCAGUCGACCUUCGUUCACUUACUCAAGAGACAACGGGAGUACGUUGGACACUACGUCCCCAAUCUCCAGGCCGUCCCUAGAUCACGUAUUUCGAUCCCGAACUCGCACCAGUACGGAUCUGAUUUCGCGGGAUCCGAUUUCUCGAGCAGCCACAGUUCAGGCUGCCCGGCAGGCGUUUGAAGAGAAAGAAGCAGCCAAGGCUCGCCGACUCGAAAAACAGCAGCUGAAGGCUGAUGAGCGUCAGACUCGCCGUCGAGUGAAGCGUACUGUGACGAGAGACCAGGAGUCCUUGCCAGUAUCUUCGCAGCAGUCCAGUGAAGAAGUGAUUUCCGAAAAGCCGACCAAGCCUCGGGGUCCCAAGCGAGGUAAUACAGACCAACAGCGUCAAUCAGCUUCAUUCAAAUCCCAAUCGAAGAGUACAUGGGUACUUUUCAUGACUUGGCUUCGGACCCGAGUCUUCAAAUUUCGACGAAAGCUGCGAAGAUGA